AUGUCAGGUCAGGGACGAGGUCGUGGGAAUAUUCCAAACCGUCCACAAGCAAAUCGCGGUGCCCAUCGCAACCAGCCGUACAACAGCUACCCCCACAUGAACCAGCAUAUGGCGCAAAAUAACAACCAAAACCCGCAAUCACCCCAAAUGACAUCGCCGUUCUAUCAUCAACUGCCGCCAAAUCUGCCUUAUGUUAAUACACCACCUCAACAAGCCCAGAUGGGAGCAAACCCUCAGUCUGCGCCGCCACCAGCAUACACUCCCCACCCAUCUAUGGCUCCACACCCAUCCAUGGGCGUAAUCGGUCCAGCUCCGAUGAUCCCUCAGAUUUAUAACAUUGACCAAGCUCUACAAAUCCAAACUGUCGACUCUAUGCCAGAGCAUUUUGCACCCAAUUUUUAUAGAUUUCUCCACCGUGAUAGGACUCUUCGACAGUCUCAGAUUGUUCCUGGUAUCGCCCGAAUUUCGUACCCACAGCGUUAUGCUGCAUAUGGUUAUGCCCUUCACCGAGGCGGUGGACGGUAUACCCGGUUGAUUCCUGCCGAUCAGCUUCCUCCGGGAAUCAUGGGUUCCGUACAGACCUGGCAAAGUCCUGAGGGUUUGAUCAUUUUGCCGCAUACGUUUCAACCAAAUCCAGAGCAACGUCGGGCGUCUGGUCGCGAUGACGAGCUAUCUGAGAACUUGGUAAAUGCGGUGUAUUAUGAGAACUUCCGCGACAUAGACGUUUACGGUCGUAACCACGCCGGAGAGUACCAGCCAACUCCGAAUGGCAACAUUCAGGGAUUUAUUGACUCCGUUACAAACGCUGCCGGCUCCUCCAUGGGUAAACCACCUGCUCCAGCUGCUCAAGAAAGUAAGAAGACCUUCUGUUCCAAAUACCUGCAUCAAGGUAUUUGCGCGUUUGCACAGACAGGCUGUAGAUUCUCUCAUGAAAUGCCCAUGGACAAAGCCGGCCUCAGAGCCAUAGGUCUCAAUGAUAUCCCCGAAUGGUGGUAUAGACGCCAAGAGGAAGACCGAGAGGAGCGUAUGAGAGCGCAAAGCUUGAUAGCACAAAAUACAUCUGAGGCUAAUGCUAAAUCUUCUGUGCCAGGUAUGAUUAACCAUCCUGCAACCUCGACCACUCCGAUGAAAGACUUUAGCGAAGCUGUGGACAAGCAAGAAGCUGCCGAAGCUGCCGAAGCCACAAACAAUCAUGGUCGUAUGUCGGGGUCUUGGCGACAAGGGAGAGCUAGCAUGAGUGGCGGUCAUCACGGUUACGCACAAAAUCAUGGUCCAGCACAAGAGGGAGGCCGUGAGAUGCACAGUCAUCAAACGCAAGUUCGCCGCCGCACAAUUGGAGGUCGUUCAGCAGGAAGCCCAGAGCCUCGUCCGAAAAAGGGAUCCGGACCUGAUGGCGAAAAGUGGGAACGGGGCCGACGACCCUCUCCUCGUCCACGCAACUGA